AUGGCGGAAAAGCGGUUCCGCUGUCUCGAGCGCCGUCUAGCAUCAAGGCCCGACCUAUACGACAACGUGAAGAUCCAGAUUACACAAUACCAAGCCAAGGGAUACGCACAUAAGGCUAGUCCGGAGGAAUUUGCCAGUUUCGACCCCGAGCGGACCUGGUUUCUGCCGUUGAACGUCGUUACAAACCCAAGGAAGCCGAACAAGCUCGUACCGCUUCCGGCGGUUCUGUCUUCGUUUCGCCAGUUUGAGGUGGCCAUCAGCGCUGACAUCUGCGAGAUGUUCUACCAGAUCUUGAUUCGGCCUGAGGACCGAUCGGCACAGCUGUUCCUGUGGCGGGACGAUCCCUCCAAGCCCUUCGAGGUGUUCGUCACGAACGUAGCAACGUUCGGCUCCACCUGCUCACCUUCUGCAGCUCAAUUCGUCAAAAAUCGGAACGCCGAAGAGUUUUCCGAAGAGUUUCCGCGGGCAAUCACAAAACGCCAUUAUGUAGACGAUUUUCUGUGCAGCGUGGACACCGAGCAGGAAGCAGUGGAGCUAGCAGAACAGGUCAAGUUAGUGCACUCCAAGGCCGGAUUCGUCAUUCGAAAUUGGCUGUCGAACUCUAGUUACGUUCUCACACGGGUCGGGGAACAGCCAACAGAAAUGAUGGAAAAAGUUUGGAUUGACAGGUCGGACGCUUACGAACGCGUUCUCGGAAUGGUCUGGAAGCCUGAACCGGAUGUCUUUGUUUUCCAAGGUGUUUUCCGAGAAGAAAUCCAGGCUCUACUUUCGGAUGGCGCUGUUCCAACCAAACGAGAAGUUCUGCGCACUGUGAUGAGCAUCUUCGACCCCAUCGGACUGGUAGCCAUCUUCGUCAUCCACGGAAAAGUGCUUGUGCAGCAUAUCUGGCGCUCUGGACUUGGUUGGGAUGAACGCAUUGGUGACACACUGCUUGAGCAGUGGAAGCGAUGGGUCAAGUUACUCCAGCAGCUGAAUCAAGUCGAAAUCCCACGUUGCUACUUCCCUGGCUACUCUUCCGAAGGCUACAGAACCGCCGAGCUGCACGUUUUCGUAGACGCUUCCGAGGAAGCCUUUGCAGCCGUAGCAUAUUUCCGAAUCGUCGAAGAAACAAGAGUUCGAUGCUCGUUGGUGUCAGCGAAGGUUGCCCCCUUGAAACUGCUGUCGAUUCCCAGUCUAGAGUUGUCAACCGUCGUUCUCGGUGCCCGACUUUCGAAAUCCGUCAUUGAGAACCACACACUUCCAAUCAGUCGCAAAACGUUCUGGAGUGAUUCCUGCACCUUUCUCUCUUGGUUGCGGGCAGAUCCCAGGAAAUAUCGGCAAUUUGUCGCAUUCAGGUUGACAGAAAUCCACGAUCUCACGCAGGUCGAUGAAUGGCGCUGGGUGCCAUCGCGUAUGAAUGUCGCUGACGAGGCCACAAAGUGGGGCAAAGGUCCCGAUAUCACCUCCAGCAGUCGCUGGUUCCAAGCUCCAAAAUUUCUAUACGAGCAUCCGAAUUCGUGGCCACAGCAAACAACGAAAGAAGAGGAGUUUUCGGAAGAACUUCAUCCGAUUAAUCUUCACCUUGAAGUAGCCAGGGAAGAGCUGCUGCAGUACGAACGGGUUUCAAAAUGGGAGCGCCUGGUCCGUGCUGUAUCCUACGUACGCUUGUUCGUGGACAAUCUUCGUUGCAAGGCAAAAAAGCAAUCACCAAGCAACACGGAAUGGUUAAAUCGGGGCGAACUGCUGCGUGCGGAGAAACAAAUCCAACACGAGGCUUUCGGGGACGAGCUUAGACUUAAGAAAACUAGCAAGAUCCUCAAACUUUCACCCUUUCUGGACGAGCAAGGUGUCAUACGGAUGGACGGCAGGAUUACAGGUGCACAACAGGUGUCCUUCGAUUUCAAGUUCCCGGUCAUUCUUCCCAAAGGGCAUGAAGGAACAAAGCUUCUUGUCGAUUGGUAUCAUCGGCAGCACAAGCAUUGCAAUCCUGAAACUGCGGUCAACGAGAUGCGCCAGAAGUUUCAUGUGUCGGAAAUGAGAGUUGUUUUCAAGCAGGCCGGAAAACAUUGCCAGUGGUGCAAGAUUUACAGGGCAGCGCCGGAGAUCCCGAGAAUGGCUCCGCUUCCACAAGUAAGGACGGUGUCACAUGUGCGACCAUUCAACUAUGUCGGCGUUGACUACUUCGGGCCGAUCCUGGUUAAGCAGGGACGUAGCGAGGUAAAACGUUGGGUCGCGUUGUUCACCUGCUUGACCAUCCGCGCAGUGCAUCUUGAGGUGGUGCAUAACCUGACUACAGAGUCCUGCGCACGAAAUGGUUCAGAGAUCACAAGCGUUGAAGUUGGAGAUUUGGUAGUAGUAGUCGAAGACCGUAUCCGGAAUGGGUGGCUGAGAGGACGUAUACUACGUGUCUUUCCGGGACGUGACGGGCGCAUACGGAAUGCUGAAGUGGAGACAGCCAAUGCAGGAGUGCUGGUUCGGUCAAUCGCCAAGCUGGCAGUUCUGAAGGUCGGUAGUACCGCUGAAGAUAACUUCGAGCAAUACGGGUCGGGGAUUGUUACGAACGGCGAGAAACCAGCACCCCGUUGCGAAAGGGUCACUCGAUCCACUCGCAGCAGAAAGCAGUGA